AAUCCUGGGGCCGCAGAUCGGGAAUUGUGUGACAGGCAGCUAGUAAAAGAUGUGAAGAUGGCGGAGUUACAAAUGCUUUUGGAAGAAGAGAUUCCUGCGGGUAGAGGAGCUUUACUGGACAGCUAUGCGAAUUUAGAGCGAGUCGCCGAGUAUUGCGAGAGCAAUUACAUUCAGUCUCCCGAUAAGCAGAGAGCGUUAGAGGAGACGAAAAGCUACACUACUCAGUCCCUGGCCAGCGUCGCCUACCUGAUCAACACGCUCGCCAACAAUGUGCUGCAGAUGCUCGACAUCCAGGCGUCUCAGCUACGCCGCAUGGAGUCCUCCAUCAACCACAUCUCGCAGACAGUGGACAUCCACAAAGAGAAGGUGGCCAGGCGUGAGAUCGGAAUCCUCACUACUAAUAAGAAUACCUCUCGCACACACAAGAUCAUCGCUCCGGCCAAUCCCGAGAGGCCUGUGCGCUACAUCCGCAAGCCCAUCGACUACAGCCUGCUGGAUGACGUAGGACACGGCGUGAAGUGGUUGUUAAGGUUCAAGGUUAACGCCCAGAACAUGAAGGCGGGCACGACUCCACGCACCGGUGCCCCGACCCAGAAACCACCCAGCCCUCCAGGCCCAGGCAAGGGCACCAUCGGGCGCCACUCCCCCUACAGGACGCUUGAACCCGUGCGUCCCCCCGUUGUUCCUAACGACUAUGUGCCGAGCCCGACCCGCAGCACAGCUCCGCCCCUCCAGAGCCCGGCACGCACCGCCUCCGUUAAUCAGAGGACCCGCACGUACAGCAGUGGCAGUAGCGGAGGAAGUCACCCGAGCAGUCGCAGCAGCAGCAGAGAGAACAGCGGAAGUGGAAGUGUGGGCGUGCCUAUUGCCGUGCCGACGCCGGCCCCUCCCGCUGCUUUCCCAGGUACUGCCUCCACACCCCCGAACCCCCCCAAGCCCCCUCCCAGUGUGUCUAUCCUGGCUCCCCCAGUGCCUCCCCCUCCUCCUACCCCUGAACCCACACCACCUCCUCCUCCUCCUCCUCCUCCUCCUGCCCCUCCUGCUCCCCCUGAGAUCCCCCCUCCCCCACAACUGCCCCCCACCACCGGCACCGUGAGCACGCAAGGUGAGUCGUCCCUUCUACCUGAAUCACUGUGUUCCUGUGCCACAUCCUCAUUCAGAAAAAGUAACGGGCCUCAGUUCUACAGCAUGAACCGACCGAUGGCCCGGCAAACCACACCCUCGGUUGGCGGGUCUCUGCCGUAUCGCCGGCCGUCUUCAGUCACCAGUCAGCCGAGCAACGUACCUCAGAAUACACACACAAACCUGAACCAGACCCAGCUUAACGGCGGACCACACUACAACCAGAACCAAGCCCCCAUGGCUCCGCCUCCUCCCUCCAUAUUACAGAUCACACCCCAGCUGCCUCUGAUGGGCUUUGUGGCUCGGGUUCAGGAGACCAUCUCGGACGCACCUCCUCCUCCUCCGCCCCCUGCGGAAGAGCUGGCGUUUGUGGACUCGGCUCCACCCCCACCUCCACCAGAGGACUAUGAGGAUGAGGAGGGCGACGAGGACGAAGAGUCGGCGGUGGUGGAGUACAGCGACCCGUAUGCCGAGGAGGAUCCGCCAUGGGCUCCUCGCAACUACCUGGAGAAAGUGGUGGCGAUCUAUGACUACACGCGCGAUAAAGAGGAUGAGCUGUCCUUCCAGGAAGGAGCCAUCAUCUACGUCAUCAAGAAGAACGACGACGGCUGGUUCGAGGGCGUCAUGAGCGGCACCACGGGGCUCUUCCCCGGAAACUACGUCGAGUCCAUCAUGCACUACGCUGACUGAGCCACCAGGUGGAGCUGCUCUCAUCACACUCUGUGUCUCAGUCUCGACCAAAAACCUCCCUGUUACACUCCCACACGCACAUGCGCACGCACAAACCUCACACACUGACCCAGAGGUGACACAGCAGAACAUCUGGACGCAUGACGAAGACAAUACACAUCUGUAUUUGUGAAGUUUUUCUUUUUCAAACUCUGCUCUAUCUCAUUAGUGAAGUGUGUGUGUGUGUGUUGGGAGAUUGAGAUCUGUAAGAUUUACUUUAAGGACCAUUUGAGUCUUAAACACUAAAUAUUCCUGCUGCUGGUUUUGCUCGACACUAGGUGAACUCGACUCUACUUCUGCUCCCUCGACUUUUUUUUUUUUUUUUUUUUCCUCCUCCUCCUCCUGCACCGAGAGAUUACUGACGGACAGUGAGAAGGACGUCGUUUCUCAACCCCUCCUUUACUGACACUCGUCGUGUCGUGGACAUGAACACAGCCAGCACUCGUCAUGGAAUUAAUUUUCUUUUUCAUUUAGCAAAGACGAGUGUUUGGUUUCGGGCUGGGCGAUUAUUCCGAAUUUGUACUUUUUUGAUAUUAACGCUUUCACUGCAGAGUAAACCUGGCUGCACAAAUGAUAGAUAUGAGUCUAGAAAAGAGGCGGGGCCUGUUCAGACCAUUUCAUCUCGCUGCUCUUAAAUCAUCUGUUUGCUGCUUAAAGGAAAACUCGACUCUGAAAUUAAAUAAGCGGAAACAAAAUGGCUUUUUUUUUUUUCCCCUUCUCUCGCUCGAGCGCCGUUAAACGUCGUGUUAAUGACAAAUCCAGUGAAGGAGCAGCAGCGCAGUGAGAUUAUAGUGACGUAGCUGUAAGACAAUGGCACAUUUAUUCGGCUCGGCUAGUUCUCGAUGAGUGAGUGUGAUGAAUCACUAAAGCGCCGCUGCAUCGCUGUCGUUGAAAGUGACUCGAGUUAAUUAUAAAGAUUAAUACACAAGUUAUUCAGGGUGGAGUUUUUCUUUAAUCCUCAUCGAAAUACUGAUUAUAAUUAUUAACCCCCACAUUGCCCAGCUCUUUUUUUUAUUUUUUUUUUAAACCCCUCUCCCUUUUUCCUUCUCACUGCCUUCACUCCACUUUGUCACUUUGCAGCCUUUAGCAGAAGUUUAUACCAAAGGAUUCCUUCAGAUGUGGACAGUGGAGCAUAAAUGAUGGCACCGAAUACAACUUUUUUUUUUCCCCCCCUCGUUUCCUUUCUUAUCAUUGACACUACUUUUUUUUUUUUCAUCAGAGGUUUGAAUCAGGGCUUUGAACCGGUUCAAGGAACGAAAACUUUUUUUCUAUUUCACAUGGAACAGAAACGCUUGUUAAAAAUAAUGGUAACCGGUUAAUACCGGUUUUUAUUUCGUUCCUCAAAGUUUCCGUAGCCUACAAAUAAAAAAAAGUCAUUCUUCUCCUGCGCAAGUUUCUAUGACCCGCUGGGGUUCACUUCCUGUGUGACGUUCGCUGACUGAAUGGAGAGAGCGGGAGGGUGGACUACUAUCACGUCUCCACAUCUUAAAUAAGAGGUAAAUAUUGCAGUCUAUCAUUUUUCAAACACGAUAUCAGUACAUUCGUCCACGUUAAUGAGAGGCUCGCGAACAUUAAAUGACGUUAACCUCUGUUAGCCUAUCAAUGUAUAAGGCCUGACUCGCCUUUGGUAACACACUAAACGAAUUAUCUUUCAGUUUUGGCACUUUGUGUAGAUGGGAAGACAUGCUGAGAAUCCAAAUCGCCAACAUUUGAAAUAAUAAUUGUUUUGAAUUAUUUCUUGUCUUAUUUAAUGAAGGUUGUAAUAGAAUUAGCCUACAUUUGGCUUAAGCUGGAUGAGACAGAGAUAUAAUUUUAUAGCCAUUUGUUAAACAGCUGACCGGGAACGUAAUUAACCGUUCCGGGAACGAAUUUUUUUUGUUCUAACCGGUUCGGGAACGUCUAUUUAAUGGUGGAACCCCAAACCGGAAACAUUAAAAUUCCGUUUGUGUUCGGAACGAACCAAUAGGAAAAAAAUUCUGGUUCAAAGCCCUGGUUUGAAAUACGGAUUUUAGUGUGUGUGUGUGUGUGUGCGCUAAAGCUAUUGAAAUUAAGCUCGUGCCAUAAAGAAGUGUUUCUAGAGAGUCGGAGAUGUUUAUGAAGAAGAUUCUUUUACAAUUCCCGACAUCGUUAUUUGUGUUUUGUGGGGAAAAAUAUAUGAAACUCUAAUAUGAUGUUUUGGGGUGUUUUUUUGCAUUAUUUCAACAAGCUUUGGACUUAAAUACAACACUAUGUGUAUGUGAUACUAUAUUGCUUAUUAUUAUUAUAGUUAAUUAUUUUUAAUAAUAAUAAUGUUGGUGUAUGUGAUUUGAAGUAAGACUAAGUGAAACACCCCUUUCACCUGCAAUAACGUUCGCACAGACCGAAGAAAGCACAAGUGCUUGUGUGAAUGGGGGGGAAAACAAAACCAGCCCAAACUUCUGAACAGCUUCACAGAGCCAUGGUUUGUUCUCCUCGCUGUUGUUUUCUUUUUUUUUUUUUUACACUGAGGUACAAUGGUGUGUGUGUGUGUGUGUGUGAGAGAGAGAGAGAGAGAAUGAAUGUUGUGAUCCUGAUGUUUAUGAACUGUUUGCUCACCUGUGCAAUUUUUCUUUUCGAUGGAGGGAUUGUGACCGACUGUGUGAGAACCGACUCCUGCAUGUCGAUCAUUUGUGACUUUAUUUUUAUUUUUGCUGAUGGAGAAUAAACUGGAUUGAUCUAGUC